AUGUCCGCAACCCCGCUUACCACCCUCCUCUCCAUCCCCCUCUCUCAACCCCUUGACCCCGAGUCCCUCAAGCCCCACCUCUCCUCACCCCCAUGGCAUCAAAUCCCGGGUACCUUCAACUUCCGCAGCAUCUCCCACCCUCCUUCUGUGAAAGAAAAUUUCAUCUACCGCUCGGGAUUGCUGAGCUCGGUUUCUGAAGAGGGGAAGAAAGAGAUGGUUGAGGUAUUGGGAGUUCGGGCGGUUUUUGAUCUUCGGUUCAAUGAGGAAAGAGAGAGGGAUCUCGAGCCGGAACUUGAGGGGGUGGAGCAUUUUUGGUUGGGGAUUGCGGACGUGGAUAGGGUAGCUGAGGGGAAUGACAAGUGGAGGACUCUAGAAGAAAUGUAUUUCUACUUCCUUACAACUCAUCGGCCAAUCUUUCGCGAUAUCUUCCUGCACGUUCUUCAGAAGCCGGAUCGACCUCUCUUGAUCCAUUGCACAGCUGGCAAGGACCGCACGGCCGUUGCGGUCGCUCUUCUGCUCUCCCUCGCUGGUGUUCCAGAAGAGGUUAUCGCGCAUGAUUAUGCCUUGACGAGGAUUGGCCUUGAGCCUGUAAGAGAUCUUUUGAUAUCCAAAAUCACACGGGGGUUAGGGGAUGUGGAUUGGGAGAAUGGGCCUCUGAAGACUCUGAUUGGGUGCGAGGCAGCAACCAUGCUUAGUUUUCUCCGAGCGAUGGACGAGAAGUUUGAUGGUGGGGUUGAGGGCUUUGUAGUGAGCGAGCUCGGAUUCAACAGGGAGGAGGUCGAGGGUAUCAAGAAGAAUUUGAAGGGCCAUGGCGAGUGA